AUGCCCAUGACUGACUCCGAGCCCCAGCAAUCCGCGGCUAAUGACGGCGCUAUGGAGACCAAAUCACGCUCAAGUAUUCUCCUGUCCGAGUUAAUCAGGAGCGCCAUUACACACCUUUGCCUCUGCAUAGGCUCAAGGCUCCGGGCUCCUGGCUCCGGGCUCCGGGAGGCAGGCCCCUGGCUCCGGGUUUUUGGGAUCCAGGCUCCGGGCUCCAGGUUCCGGGCUCCGGACUCCAGGCUCCAGGCUCCAUCCGGGCUCCGGGCUCCAGGCUCUAUCCAGGCUCCGGGAUCCAGGCUCCGGGCUCCGGGCUCUGGGAGGCAGGCCCCUGGCUCCGGUUUUGGGAUCCAGGCACCGGGCUGCAGGUUCCGGGCUCCGGACUCAAAGCUCCAGGCGCCAGGCUACAGGCACCAACCGGGCUGUGGGCUCCAUGCUCCUGGCUCCAGGCUCCAUCCAGGCUCUGGGCUCCAGGCUCCGGCUCCUAGCUCCAGGCUCCAGGCUCCGGGCUCCGGACUCCGGACUCCGGGUUCCUGGCUCCGGGUUCCGAGAUCCGGGUUCCGGGUUCCGGGCUCCGUGCUCAAGGCUCCGGGCCGCGCCCGGAUUCAAGGUUCAGAGCACCACUUCUGA